UGUCCAUAACAGAGUACAGAGAAUCAGACAAUUUUCAGAACCAAAGCAGUGGCGAUACAUACCCACAGAGCACAACCCUGCUGACAUUGCUUCCAGGUCCAUCCAUGCAUCUCAACUCGUGAAAUCUAACUGGUUUACAGGUCCGGCAUUCCUGCAUAAGCCACAUGAAGAUGACGUCAUUAUGACAGACAACUUUGCGCUUGUGGACCCAUAUUCAGAUACAGAAAUCAGGCCAAUUGUGACAGCUUGUAUCACAGGAAUGAAGGAUAAACAACUCACCUCGGACAGAUUUCAGAGAUUCUCCUCUUGGAAAUCAUUACAAAGAGCCAUUGCAUCGCUCAUCCAUGUAGCUUGCUCUUUUAGAUCCUCCAAUGAAUCCAACACAUGCAGCGGUUGGCACCUUUGUUCACAAGCACACACUGUAAGUGAGCUGUUAAAAGCUAAGAAUGUGAUAAUCCGCUCUGUGCAAAAGGAGUCGUUCAGCAAGGACAUAGAAACACUCUCUAAGGGAGGAAACAUAAGCAGCAAAGUUCCACUCUCAAAACUGAAUCCUUUCUUAGAUGAAGAUGGCCUACUCCGAGUCGGAGGCAGAUUAAAACUUGCAGAUGUAAGCUACCCUGAAAAAAACCCAGUCAUCUUACCUGGCAAGCAUCACGUUUCUGCGUUACUCAUAAGGCACUACCAUGAACGUGUGGAGCACCAAGGCCGCAUAUUCACAGAGGGGGCCAUUCGUGCUGCUGGAUUAUGGCUUAUUGGAGGCAAGAGAUGCAUAAGCAGUAUUCUUCAUGCAUGUGUAACCUGCCGUAAACUUCGUGGUAAACUAGAAAUGCAGAAAAUGUCAGACUUGCCACCAGAACGACUUAGUGUGUCACCACCCUUUACUUACACUGGCUUAGAUGUCUUUGGCCCUUGGACUGUGGUAGCUCGCCGCACAAGAGGAGGUCAAGCUCUCAGUAAACGCUGGGCAGUGCUUUUUACCUGCAUGAGCACCCGUGCGGUUCACAUUGAAGUCAUUAUGUCUAUGGACUCUUCAAGUUGUAUCAAUGCACUUCGCAGGUUUUUCGCGAUCCGUGGCCCUGCAAAACAACUGCAAUCUGACUGUGGAACCAACUUCAUUGGUGCUUCCAACGAGCUUGAAUUCCACAAAGUAGUUCAAGAAACAAAGGUGCAAAGAUACAUCAAUAACGAAGGAUGCACAUGGGCUUUCAACCCACCACACUCCUCCCAUAUGGGAGGUGCAUGGGAGAGAAUGAUUGGUCUGGCUCGUAGAAUUCUUGACUCAAUGCUGAUGCGGGAAGGACACUCUAACCUCUCUGAUGAAGUGCUUAGUACACUUAUGGCGGAAGUGACAGCAAUUAUCAACAGUAGACCUCUAGUACCUGUUUCUAUGGAUGCAGAAUCACCCCUGGUACUUACCCCAGCGAUGCUCUUAACACAAAAAGCAGGUUCUCCACCUCCGACAGGAAACUUCUCCGAAAAGGACAUCUACAAACGCCAAUGGCGGCAAGUACAGAGCCUAGCCAACCAAUUCUGGUGUCGCUGGAAACAGGAAUAUCUGCAAACCCUGCAAGUUCGUCACAAAUGGCAGGAGCCAUACCCAAACAUCCAGGAAGGUGACAUAGUACUACUAAAGGACAAUCAAGUAGCCCGAAAUGAAUGGCCCAUGGCACUUGUCACAAGUGUUUUCCCUGGUCAAGAUGGAAAGGUUCGGAAGGUUGAACUUAAGGUGACUAAAGAAGGGUCCAGCAAAACUUUCCUGAGGCCUAUAUCUGAAGUCAUUCUCCUGCUUGGAAAAUAAGAAAACAGUUUAAACAGUUGGUUAUAGAUGACAUCUUUAUAGAUGUCAGGCGGGGAGUGUUAUGUUCUUUGGAUUAAGUGUUUUCGGUUUCUUACUGGGGACUCUAAUUUUGAAAAUUACCUGACUAAGCAAGGGAGCAGCCAUUUUUGGUUCAGUUUGCUCAACUCUCUCAGACUGUAAGCUCCAUGUGACUGCUGCUUCAGUUUUCUUUAAUGUUCAUGCCUUCGAAAGCAUUGUCAUUUCACUCUCCUUUGAAGCAUAUUGGAGUAAACAUCAGGAGUUUUUCGAAAACUACACCCUGACUCCAGUCUUUAUUUGAAGGGAGUUUGGCUUGCUGCUAAAUUGUGUUCAUACAUAUGGAAACACACAAGGAGAGCAGUAUAGGAUACAUUAUGUUGGUCAAAUGUAAUAGAUCAUCUGGGUGUCCCAUGCACACAGAAAAGUAGCAUAUAAUGGAGAAUGUGUAUAUACUACCGAAACAGAAAGAGUAAUAAUGUUUUUUCAUAAGAGUGGGCGUGACCAUUUUUUACUGGAAUGUGUGCGGCUUCCAGAUAUAAUUUGCUGCAAGCUUUUUUUUUGCUGUACCCAAUCUGUUAUGCUGCUUGAUAUUGCAAAAUGACAUUUGUUAUAUUAUAUUAAUUUAUUAUCAUAAUCAUAAACACACUGGUUUGUAGGGCAAAUAAUAUUACUCUUUACAGCGUUAUUCUAUUUAUUCACCCACUGUAUAUCUGCUAAUUGAUCAGAUGUCCCACACAUUCACCGAAAAUAUCUUAUUGCCACAUUGAAAAUAAGGUGAAUAUACAGAAAUUAUUUGAAUAUUUUUCACUAUACACUAAAUACUGGGCAGUAUACAUUGUAAUAAUGGCAUACAUUUUUUUUUUUUUUUUUUUUUUUCAAUUUUAUUUAAAAGUUUCUUAACGUUUGGCACUCCAACCAUUAAAAAAAGUCAAAAAGACAUCUGUAAAUCAUCUGUAAUCAAAGACCAUAUGUAAUUUAGUCACACUGGGAAUGCUAGAUCAAGUUGAGCACAUUGCAUUGUGGGAGAGAGUAUUAAACUGCUCUGCUGUAUACUGCACGAUCGUUCUGAUUGAGUCUCUCUGUGUUUAACCCCCUUUCCACGUUUGCCCCCUCUGUCUCUUUCUCAUUUGUUUUUCUCUCUCAGGUGGUAGUUAUCUGUCCAAGUGCUGUAAUAUUUCACCUCCAGACUGUUUAAUGCUGCUAUUAGGUCUAAAACCAUGUUUUCACACAGUGAUGCCAUUGUUCUAGAGAGGUUAUGUCUGGACUUUUUAACCAUAACCAUUUUUCUCUGUUUCAUUCUAACCUUCUUUCAUACAUACUAAACAAGAUUCAGUCUUAGGCAUUCAUUUAUAUAGGGUUACCCUACUAAAAAUAAAUAAAUAAAACACAUUUUAAACUGGUCUAAGGUGGUUCUUAGGUGGUUCUUAGGUGCUUUAGCUUGUUGGCAAACUGGACAAAUUACCAAAACACCUCUAAAUCCAGCAAACCAGAUGAGCAAACUCCAAUAAACUGGUUUAAUUUGUUCAAGCUGUUGUUUUUCUCCACUGAAAGCAGAGAUAUCGCUCUAUUCUUUCCCAGGCUGGAGUUCUACAGUUAUGCAUUAGCUAAAAUUCUCUAAGAAUAAUUAAUCUCAAAUUCAGAUAUUCAAAUUCAAUCAGGUUUUGUCCUGUCUGGCGUCAGAGAUGUAUUUAUUUUGAACAGGAUUAUGUGGUCAGGCUGGCAUGAAGUAAUGAAGUUAGCACUGUGUGGCCUCUUAGCUUUGUGGGGAAUCAUGCCACCUGCUGUCUGUCCAAUCUGGCCCCUCUUUUGCUGAGACAAUGCAUGAAGUAUUGAUGAAGAGAUUCAAUUAUAGGAGAAGAUAAUCCCAAAGAAAUCUAAACAUACAGAGAACAUCAUAACAAUGCGAAGCUAAUGCAAAGUCGAGCAAAAAAUAAAAAAGACUAUUAAUGCGAAUGUGAACUUUUCAAUUCUGCAAAAAAGAAAAAAUACUGUGCAUUUAAUCCCAUUCAUUUUAUGGGCAAAUCUCCUCUUCAUUGAGAGUGGCUUUUUCAUGCAGCAAGCUGUUUUUGAGCUCACAGUUCACCAAAAUAAAUGCCGGUUGAGGUUAAAUCAUUGGGAAAAUUGCUCUCAUAGCGGGAAGCGCUUUGCAAAAUGUCAUUUCCAGUCUAUUUCAGAGGCGUAUGCGUCACCGCACGUGCUCUCUCUCUCUCUCUCUCUCUCUCUCUCUCUCUUACCCUUUUCAGACUCCCUCUUUCACCUUUUCUUCAAAUGCUUUAUGAGUUUUGUUUCAUUAGUGUGUGUUUUACAUGUGUGUUGGUUCGUGGUUAUUAGCUUGCAUGCACAUGUGUUGGCUUCCUGUCCUCUGACCUCUGGUUAGUCGUGCAUUGUGUAAUGUGCAUCUGUCUCCUGUUGGCACACUGCUGCUGCUGGGUUGCCAGUGCACACACACACACACACACACACAGAAGAUGGGCAUGAACAUUAAGUCACUUGUUCCUUUUGAUUUGCCGAAUGGCUUGCUGGGAUCCAUGACACGGAUUGGCUCUUAUUGGCAUCCCACUGAAGAACAUUUCCGCCAAGGGUCACAAUGCUCUUCCAUAGAGACUGAGCACACAGAUCUGUGUCUAUAGCUCUGUUCCAAAACCUAGUGAGUGUCCUCACUGCAUGCUGUCUACAUAGACAGCUGCCUAAUGUUCAUGCAAGUGCAUAAGGGACAGGGCCCGGUUGCAUAAAGCACCUUAAGUUUUUCCCUUACGUAUGACACUUUUAAGGCGUGAUUUCCCCUUAUCUAAGGGAAUGACUUGAGGGUGUUGCAUACAAUCCCUUAAACCAUUCCCUUAGUUAAGGGAAACCGUUAAGUAUUUCACAACAGCGACCCAGGUUUUGCCGUUAAAAAAAUCUACUGUUGCCAUGGACAUGUUAUUUGUUAAUGCAGAUAGCGGUGUAAGUUUUCACAAAAACAUAACAUUUUCAGGGACUAAUGUGAGUAAAUCUAUAUUUAAAUGCAAAGGGACAAGAUAGUCAUUUUAUUCGUAUCCAAAACGAGGUGAUGUGAACAUUAUGAAGCGCUAAACACUCCUAUGCAGUGUAUGUUUCAUUCAUACUCGAAACCGGAGGGCGCUGUCGAGCUGAAAGUCCAUUCCGGACACAUAGAAGUAUCUUAUGAUGGAAUACAGCAGCGAUCGCUGGCUGCAGCUUAAGCUAAAAGCAGAAAUGUAAACACAAUAAACACAAGAUUGCGAAAAUAUAUUUUGUAUGUGUGUUUUUCAAGUCAUCUCCCAGGUAAUAUGUAGGAAAAUACAGGAAUAAAAUAUUACAGAAUAUAUGUGUUCUCACAUGACGCACUCACGUUUGAGCUAUUAGUUGUAUGUAAUUUGAUUAAUGUGAAUAAAUGCCUAAAUCUGUUAUAAAGCGGCCGAUUGUGUCUUGUAGAAGACUUUGGGAUUGAAUCUGCUCGUUGUGUAACACUUAAGGUGACAUUUUCCAUACCAUACCUUACGAAAAUGACAGUUAAGGGGCUUUAUGCAACACUUAAUGGGCUUUAAGGGACACUUAAGAGAAAUUCUAAGGGUUUAUGACGUUUCACCUAAAGAAACUCUUAAGUGCCAUUUAAGGUAUAUUUUAUGCAACGCCCUUAAUUGUAAGGGAAACUUAAGGGCGAUCUUAAGGGAAAAUUACACUUAAGGUGCUUUAUGCAACCGGGCCCAGAUGAUAUACAUGUAAUAGGCAGCAUCAUUGCUCUGUACGUAAAGUUCAAAAAUAGCAUGUUGCUACAGCAUGAUACUGUAAUAAAGCACAAAAAAUAGACACAAAUAUUGGUUUAAAUGAUUAGUACACUAUUUAAUGUAAUUUGAUGUUACUAUUUUAAUAUUUGCAUUAUUCAUAUUAAUUUUUGAACAUUAUUUCUUAACUGUUUGUUCAUAUUUUAUCUUGUAGUAUUAUAUUUUUAGUACUGGAAUAUAUAAA